AAAUUUUCUAUCUGUUAUUGUGACAGUUACAUUUUUGUAGGUGUAGGUUUGUCAAUUUAUUUUAUUUUGUUUUGUUGUAAAUAAAACGAAUUAUAAACAUGAUGGAUGAGAAUAAUACUUUAAGUGAUAAUUCAGAUAUAGAAGAUAGCAGUAACCCGGAGCUACGUGGUUAUUUGAGUAAAUGGACUAACUACAUACAUGGUUGGCAGGAUAGGUUUAUUGUUUUGAAGGAUUCCACUUUAUCCUAUUACAAAAGCGAAUUGGAGAGUAAUCUUGGAUGUCGUGGUGCGUUGUGUUUGAAAAAAGCUAAAGUCAAGCCUCAUGAGUUUGAUGACUGCAGAUUUGAUGUAUCAGUAAACGAUUGUGUUUGGUACUUAAGAGCUCAGAAUCCGGAGGAGAAGCAACAGUGGAUUGAUGUGUUGGAAUCAUUCAAAGUUGUGGAAUCAGGGUAUGGAACCAGUUCAGACAGCAGUUCCAACGGUGGCGGACUGCGCAGACAUGGAUCCGUCACAUCACUGCAGUCGACAGGGUCGCAUGGCCGCACGUCGCGCCGGCUGGCGGAGAAAAUCGCAGAACUGGACACGUAUACAGAGUUGCUGUCGAAGCAAGCCUCUCAGCUGCAGAACUACUUCGACAAGUGCGUGACCGCGUGCCCGCAGAUAAACGACGACGCGGCCGACGCGAUUGACGCGGUGCAACUGGCCGACAGUGUCGAUAUAAAGCAGUACGCGGAAGAAGUCCGCGCGACAAGCGCGUCGUUUCGGGCGACCUGCGACGCGACUGUCUUGGCCGUACAAAAUUGCACUGAUCUUCUGAAGCGAAGGGAGAAACAGGCUAGGCAAGCUGAGGAGCUUUAUAUGGCCCUCAAAAACCAGUUGGCUGAAGCGAGAUUAGCAUCAAAGCCCGGACCCGAUCACGAGGAAGGGCCGCAUUCAACGUUGCCGGACGACGAGUUCUACGAUGCGGUGGAGACCGGCUUCGACAAGAUGGAAGAGGAAAGAUGCGCGCGCGUGGCGCCGCCUGUCGAGGUGACGCGCGACGAGGUGGAGCUGCCCCCGCCGAGCAUCGACAACCGGCUCACUGUGCACUCGCUGUGGCCAGAGAUCGACAGGAUAUCGACGGAGCAGUUGCAAGCUGCGUUUGAAGGAGUCGGAGGUCAAAUAGGUUGGCAGUUGUUUGCUGAAGAAGGCGACAUGAGGAUGUAUAGAAGGGAAGUGGAAGUAGAUGGAAUGGUGAUGGACCCCCUGAAGGCGAUGCACAAAGUGCGCGGAGUUUCGGCGCGAGAGAUGUGUCACUAUUUCUUCAACCCUCAGUACAGAUAUGAAUGGGAGACGACAUUGGAAACGAUGAACAUAGUGGAGGCGAUAUCGUCGGACGCGAUCGUGUUCCACCAGACGUUCAAGCGCAUCUGGCCGGCGUCGCAGCGGGACGCGCUGUUCUGGUCGCACGUGCGCGCCGCGCCGCAGCACACCUACGUCGUCACCAACCAUUCCACCACCAACGACGAGUAUCCUUCGAACACCGGCGCGUGCAUCCGCCUGUUCGUCACAGUGUGCCUGGCGUGCCGCACGCAGUGGCCGGCCGGCGAGACGCCCAGCAGAGACAACAUCUCCACCAGCAUCGCCUACUGCAGCACAGUGAAUCCGGGUGGUUGGGCCCCCGCCGGAGUCCUCCGUGCGGUUUACAAAAGGGAGUACCCGAAAUUCCUCAAAAGGUUCACCAACUACGUGGUCGAGCAGUGCCGGGGCAAGCCGCUAGUCAUGUAGCAACUACCCAUACAAUGCAAUGUGAAUAUUGCUUGAAAUAUUUUUUCUACUUUCAAAUUGUUUUUGAUAAGGGUAUUUUUUUAUUAUUAACGGUUAAUACUACAGAUUCACUAUAAAGAUAAUAUCGGUGUAUUUGACAUUAUUAUUACUUGGCACUCGUAUUCACAAAUUAUUGUUUUGAGGGGUUAAAAUAGUCCUCAUAACCUCAGUAUGCGCCUCCCCUAUACUUAGUGUGAAGUCAUAAACAUUUGUUAACCGACUUCAAAAAAAGGAGCAGUUACAUAACUUCGUCAUUUAUUAAUCAAUUUAAAUUUUUUUUGUUCGAAAGAGAUUGAAUCUUCCGGAUUGUCCACAUUUCAUUUUCAUAUAAAUCGGUUUAUAGUAUAUUUGUGUUAAACUCUAAAUAACUAACAUACGUCUUUGAAGUCGGUUCAGUUUUUAUGUUAAAAAGAUUAUUUUGUCUGUGAAUGAAAUAAAGAUGAUAGUUUUAUUCAAUUUCCAAUGCGAGAAUCUUUAUCAAGUCACUCACCAUCCAAUAACUCGUAAACUGAUCGUGUGUUGGUCGCGACUAACACACGAUCAGUUCUAUCGGAUGUGCUGCCGUUAGCGCUGCAGGCACGUGGACUUAUUGGGCGGUGAAUGGCUAGCGUUAAGUGCCAGGUAAAAUAUGCGUAUACCGUUUGAUAACUGGUAUAUCUACUAUCGACAGUAAUUGAGAACUGUUGAUCAAAGAGAAUUGCAAUUCCUUCGUUCUGCCAAUUUUUCGCUAGUAGAGUUUCAAACUCGAUUCGGUAUGUAACUAAUAAGAAACCUACGAUUUUAUAUUGGUUUUGUGUAAAAAAAAAUCCUGGAUCUCUAGGAAUAUAAAUAUUUGUAUCGUUGUCUAUGGUCAGUAAGCCGAACAUGCGUUUACGACAUAUCUCGUUAUAGAGAACAAUAUAAACAGUCGACCAAUAGCGGCCGAGUUGUCCCAGCCGCCGGAGCUUUAAUAAUAUCGCAGAAAAUGUCGGUCUCUUUUAGUCGUUGACGUGAAUUACUUGCGUGUCAUCGCAACUGACGAUUCAACUGCUAGCACGACAGUGUAUUGGUCAGCACAGCACAGUGUAAUGCUAGCUUGAGCAGAGCAGACAGAACUAUAAUAGGCUCGUUGACAUUUUUUUUAAAUCGUCUUAAAUAGUUCAUUAUCGUUCUACUAGAUUGAUUUUUUUUUAAUUUUUUGAAAUUUGACGUGAUUACAUGAAAAUUUUAGUUUUUAAAUAUGUUUUUGACAAUACGAGCCAAAAUGCCUGUCGGCCAUGAUGGUCUAUGUUUCAACUGUUUCAUGACGUCACUAUAACAAACCCCUGACAAACGGAGCGUUUGACAAAAAUAUUAGUUUAGUGACGUCACAAAAUGGACGACAGCGUUUUUAACAAUUGGAAAAUUUAAAAAAAUACGCGUUAUUUAAAUUGAGUUUUAUAAGAAAUCCUUAAUUUUUAUUAAUUAAUAUCGUUAUAUUUCUGACCCUUAUUCCAUGUACUACACAAAAUUAAUAUUGUUUACAUAAAAUAUGAUAUGAGUCAACUACCCUAUUUUGUCUGUAACACGUUGUGUUGGGACUCCGAAAGAGAGAGCGAUAGUUUCGACUUUCCCGCUAUUGGUCGACAUAUGUCUUUCCCCCGUCUCGAGAUAUGUCGUUGUGCGUAUCUCAGGUCUGCGGAAUAUAUUUUACGGUGGUUUUUAAUGUUUACAUUUUACAUAAAUCGGCGACAUACCCUGCCCAAAUGUUCACUGUUUUUUUUUUCUUCUGUCUUAUUUAAAUGUUUUAUGUAUGACCACGUUUAUUCAAUUCAAGAUUCGGUCGGUCAGCGGGAGAGGUGAUAUUUGUGACUUGCAGACGCCGCGCGGUUUCACCCGCGUGGUUCCCGUUCCCGUAGGAGUACAGGGAUAAUAUAUAGCCUAUAGCCUUCCUCGUUGAAUGGGCUAUCUAACACUGAAAGAAUUUUUCAAAUCGGACCAGUAGUUCCUGAGAUUAGCGCGUUCAAUCAAUCAAACAAACAAACUCUUCAGCUUUAUAAUAUUAGUAUAGAUGUACUUUUUUUUACAUCAUGCUUUAAUUAAUGGUUUUUAUAAUGGACAAUUGGAAUAAAUAAGUAAUUGAAAUUGUUAAAUGCUAUCAUUAUUGGUUGAUUGGAUAGAAUCAAUUAUGAUGAAUAAAUUAGUAAUUAUUUUCAUUUGCGAGAUAUUUUAUUAGCUUAAGGUUCAAUGGUUUAAAAAUAAAUAAUUAUUCGAGUAUUUAUCAUGCUAAAAAAGAUUUCUUAUCAUUUGUUUAGAAGCACAAUACAAAAGGUGAAUUUGAAUAUUAUUGAAAACGUCAGAAUAUUUUUAUUGUGAUGCUUACGUCACAAAUGGUAAUGUCUUUAUUGUCUUUAAUUGUCUAUCAUCCCGCCAAACUUCUGUAGCUAUAGCCUCUGUCCAUGGUCUGACCGCGCCUUACUAUUGAAAGCUGGAAUUUCCAAACCAGAAGUUCAUUCCAGUCUAUCGUUGGAAUAUUGAAAGCUGGAAUUUCCAGACCGGAAGUUCAUUCCAGUCUAGUGUUGGAAUUUUUAUGGAUUCCAAGAUUGGAAUCACAUUGGUGCCCAAAGUGUACUUGUUAUAAGAAAACUGAAAAUUCGUGACCUGUAAAUUAACUUGUCAUAUAAACCGUAGUAUGUAUUAAAUAUAUUAUAUUUGUAUAAUUAGUGUAAAGAUUUCUCCCUGUACAGAAAUCCAAUAUAUUUACACUCCUAUUUGAUGAAUAAGGUCUGAAUGUAAGGUAGAAUAUUAUGUAAUUACUAUAUCGUGUCUAUAUACUAUAUAUAGGUGGGGUCUUUCAAGGAUAUAUUUGGUGUAAAUUGUAUUAUAUUAUAGAAUAUAUAUAUAAGUUCUUGUAUGUCUGACUAUGUAAAAUUUAUAUGUUGAGUAAAAAGUAAAAUAUUAAAGUCAAAUCACGCGAAGACAUGUUAUAGUCAUUGACUGUAUCUGUACAGGCCUGGUUAACACACUUGUACAGAUAUAGUAUACUGUAACAUAUUUAUUAUAUAAACGGAAAUACAUCGUAAUAGUUCAAUUUUUGCUCCGGUCGCCGUAGACAGAGAAAUAAAUAGACAACUGAUUUUACCGUUGUCAAUCAAAAGAUAUUAUUAGAUUUUGACAUCAUAGCACCAUUUUUUCAUCCAUGUAUUUUAAGCUAAGUGGCUGCUUAUAAUAUGCAACAAGUUGAGAUUUAAAUGUGUUAGACAAUUUAUUUUGUUCAAUAAAGUAAACUCUUCAUCCCUCAUCCCGUAAGCAGAUGUGUAAAGCUUAAUCUUACUUCAGAUCCUCUACUUAAAUCAAUAAUGCCAUAAAUAAAGUACGAGUUCGUCUGCUUUUUUAAAUUAUCUCAAAAUAAUUAUUUUAAUUUUGGUGAAAAACAGUCAAAAAAUUAUGUUCUAAUUCUAGUCUAAUUUGGCCUGUCGUUGUGCCUGAAAAAUAUCGAGUAUCGCCUUGUCGCGUUUCUUUACAGCGUCCCAGCAGAAAGUUUUUUGAAGAAUUGCUAUGGAUGCUAUCUGUUCUCGUCUUAUUUACUUCUCUGUCUACGACUCCAGCUCACUGUAAUUUUUUGUCAUAGUGAAUACGUGAAAAUAAGAUGAAUAUUUGUCAACUUAUUUUCACACAGUGAGUACCUUCCGUCCAAAUCGAAGGAUAUUAAAAUAUAAUAUCAUUCGUCUUGAAGACAAAAGGUCACUGUGGCAAAUGGUUAUUAUGAUCAGUAAGUUUUUGAUGCGACAUAUGCAUGUCUCUAGACGAAAGGAGACAAUUGUCGACCAAUAGUGACCGAUCGUUCCAUCGGAACGAAUAAAAUUCGAUAUUUUCGAUUGUCUUUGUCUCUUUUGUCUUUAUUUUGCCUUGACAUAUGUCUUAGUUCGCACAGAACUGAGGACCUUAAAACUUAUUGAUGUUGUAAAAUUUAUUGUCCAAUUAAAAUUGUUUACAAAAUUCUUGGAAGUAUUUAAUAUGAAUUAAUAUAAAUAUUGAUUCAUUCGAUAUUGUUAUCUGAAAAUAUCUCGUAUUUUAUGCUUAUUGCGUUGCGUUAUAUAAAAGCUCAAUAUUCGAUGAAUAUAAAGUACGGGUUAAAUAAAUAUUUAUUUAUUACACAGGGACGAAGUCGUUAUUAUAUUUAACAAGUAUUUUCUUGACAAGCAAACUCUUUUCAUUCCAGAUUUACUGUAGAAUUUUAGGCCUACCACAGACGUAGACGUUUUACGUCAGACGCUAUGUCUGAUCUUAUUUGUUUUUAGUUUUAGACCCAUCUCCGUUACAAUUUUGUGAUAGGUGAAGUUUUUUUUGAUUAUUUCCAAUUAUACUAUACCACAUAAUACAAAAGAAACUUCAUUAGUAUAAAAGUGUUAAAUGUCUGCUUCAUUUCUUUUAUUUUUUUAAGUACACUUGAAUUUAUACCCUUACUGCCUAGUAUCUGCAUGGUUAAGCAAUGUCUUACAAACGAUUCUCGCUCGUUGGAUUAUUGUUGUAGCUUUUCACUAAAUGUUAAGAGGGAAACGAGAUAAUUAAUACUACGGAAGAAAUGCUUCAUCCACUCUGUCAUGCGUCUACGUUUGUGGACCCCUUUAUAUUUAUUUAUGAUAUAUAUUGUAGUUUCCGAGAAACAGUAGAUGCGCUCUACGUGCUAUCUCGUGAAUACAGACGAAAGGAGGCAUCGUCGACCAAUAGCGGGAGAUAAUGUCGCUCUCUCUUUUGUUCUAUCGCAAUUAAAGAGAGUUAUAUUUUUGAUCCUGCCGCUAUUUGUAGACAAUGUGUCAUAGCCAUCCUAGGCCUACAUGCUAUUAAUACAAACUCGACAAAAAUGUUGCCAGUUGAUUGAUUAUAUUAUACCUACUAAUUGAAUAAUAUCUUAUUUUCAUUCGAAAGGGAUUUUUCCGGUCAACUCUUAUUAUUAUUCCUUUAAUUAUGAAUACAAUUUUGUUUAUAUUGAAAUAUAUAAUAUAUUUUUAGUUUCUUUGAUAAGUUUGCCUUCGCUGAUAAUGUUGUUUAUAUUUAUCAUUUGUGUCUCAAAUAUACCUAAAAUAAGAGAGCGAGAAGGGUAUUUAGAUUGCAUUUAUAAAGCAAUGUUGGAGUUGUAUGUUAUAAUGCCUGCCUCUGAACAUAACUCUUUUGACGAGACCAAUAUUGGACCAGGCUUAUUCUGAAACUGCUGUUCUUGCUACCACUUAAAAAGUCAGGUUUACUAGAGCGAGAAAGACCAAUUUUGAAUAUUUCGUCUAUAAAUAAAUAAAUAAAUAAAUACUUAAACAAUACACAUCACUAUCUAGCCCCAAAGUAAGUAUACAGAGUAACUUGUGUUAUGGGUGCUAAGAUAGUUGAUAUUAUAAUAUUAAUAUACAAUUAUAUACUACAUAUAAAUACUUAUAUUACGUAUAAAUACACACAGACACUGGAAAACACCCAUGCUCAUCACACAAAUAUUUUCCAGUUGUGGGAAUCGAACCCACGGCCGUGGAUGCAGAAAGCAGGGUCACUACCCACUGCGCCACGCGGCCGUCGUAUCUUGUUUUAUUGUUCUUUGCGUUAUAGGCAUUGGACCUAUACCUCUUACAAUAAAAGGACGCACAAUCAUGUAGAAAAUUUCACUUAAAAACUGGCCAAUUUGAUUUGACAGUUUUAGAAUUGUUGUUAAAGAAAAUUAUACCUAAUGGCCUUUAAAUAUAGUCAAUAAAAUCCCAUAUUCAGAGCAAAUUCAACCUUAAGAAUUGAGUUCAAGGUUGAAUUUGCAAAUGGCACUCAUUGAGUGGGGAAGUUUUUUGGUAGCUGAUUGUGCAUCCACUUUUUAAUAGGAGAUCGAUGGUUAUAGGGGAUAAGUGUAUAAUAAGUUCUGUUCCGAUUGGAUAAGUCUGGUACAGUCUUUAUUAGAUCAUGAUGAUGAUAUUAUUUUUGAACUAGGCUAAGGCAUAUUACCAUCUCUAAUGUGACAAACAUUAAAGAUGGUAAUAUGCCUAAGCCUAUAAUCGGGCAGGCCUUCAGAAAAAGAAUGUGUGACGUCAUCACAAUUUAAAAAUGGUGGAUGUCCAUUGAACGAAUUAGUAUUGUUUGUAGUUCCGUUUGAAAAUCUUUUGUUUUCGAAUACUCGUCAAGUGGUUUAUGUUCUUAGGUAGCAUGUCUAAAUAUGUUUUUUAAUUAUUGUUUAUAAUAAAAUGUUUUAUGAUGGAUAA